AUGAGCACACCAGUUGCAACAUCAAACAAAUCGUGCCGUUGUGGAUACGAUUCAUCUUCAGGCGGAGGAGGCCGCAUGGCCAGUCAAUUGAAUAUCAGUCGCAAAAGGACACUCACAGGGGUUUCCAAUUAUGAAGAAAUGCUAAUGGAAGGCAUGAAACAUCUCUCUUUCGAUCAGAUUCAGCGUGAGCAAGAAUUGCUUCAUGGAGUUGCGAAUGAAGUUGACCUCAAUGAAAGCACGAUCAACAACUUGCUUCUUGACUUAAAGUCACAUCUUAAUCGUAUGAAGAAAGGAACCGCGUACGAAUUAGCAGAAAAGCAAGACCAAUCCUAUGCUUCUAAUCGGGAACUUCAGCUGGCCUUCUUACGGGCGUGUCAUUUUGAACCAAAAGCUUCAGCUGAGAAAUUGAUCAACUUUUUCAAAUACAAACAGGACCUCUUUGGCGAAGACAGCUUGGUUCGGGACAUCACCGCACAAGACCUAGACCAAGAUGAUUUGAGCUGUUUGUUGGAAGGAUUCUUCCAGUUCUGCCCGUUUCGUGAUCGAUCUGGACGAAUGAUCCAUUUGGAGUUCCCCGGCGUUCGAUCGAAGACAACUGUCCGCACAGAGCUGCGAGCCAGAUUUUACAUGUCAGCAAACAGUGUGGACACAAUGGUGGACAUUAGCAAAGGAACUGUCUUCGUGAGUUAUUCUGUAGAACAGUAUCAAGAUCAUUCGAGCGGGGCGGGGUUCCUAGAGACAUCUAACUUGUUCCACAACGGUGUUCCUAUGAAAAUAGACGGCAUUCACCUAUGUUACAGCAAUCCAGUAGAUUGCAUGGUAACCAGGGCCUGCAUUGCACUAAUGCCACAUCGUGACCGCGUCAAAUCGCGUGUACACUUGGGAUCUCAUACUGAAUGUCAAUAUAUACUCGCAAGCUUUGGUAUAAUUAGAGGAGCGCUUCCUUUGCAGGGACCAGAAAGUGAGAUGGAUUUCAGCCAUCAUCAUGCUUGGUUUCAGAGACGAAUGCUUCGAGAGGAAGAGCGACGGCAACAAGCUCCUGUGACAAUUUCUUCUACGAAUGCCUCUACAACGCACCAACAGAAGACACCCUGUCAUACCACCACAUCAGGACCGAACAGUGCCAAUGAAAACAAUGUCUUGUCAUUGGGUCAAAAAGCCAAAGGUGUGGGUAACGAACGGCUACAUUCCUUGGCGAUCAUUUAUCUCGCAGCGUAUGACAAUGGAAGUAUUUCCAAUCGACGGACAAUUGUGUCUGGAAUCAUCGAUGAAGUCCACAGGCAUGGCGGUAGAUUUCUGAAGCCAGAACCUCUCGCUGGUUCAAAAGCAGACUCAAUGUCGUCAAUGGAUAAUGGGAACAUCAUUUGGGUGGAACUUUCGCAAGAUGAACAACGGGCCAAGGUUACACAGCUCUUCCGCAAUUUGCGUCGGCGACGGUCUCGACCGAGCAGUGCUUCCAAUGCGGCGGUACCAUCUUCGUCACCUGCGGUAAUUGUAGAACAAAUUGGGCCAAACGAUGUCUUGUUUGGGCCAAGUUUCGAUAAUCCAGGGAACCAACGACUACGAGAGCUCAUUUUUGCGUUAUCAGACGAGUACAACCGCACCGAUCGUGGAGAGAAAAAGAAUUUAGUGUCCCAAUUGGUGGAAACCAUACACGAGAAAGGUGGUCGUUUUCUGAAGCGCAAUACUAUGGAUGGUGGCAAAUGGGAGGUGGUACCGGAUGAAGCGGCCCAUGAGAAGGUGUCCAAACAAUUUCGCAAUGUUCGAAGACUGCGAUGA